AUGCGUCAACUGCUUUCCCUCAUUCUGGUUCUGGUCGCAUCGACCACCCUCGUCUCCAUCGUCUCCGCCGUCCCCGCCGGCUCCAGCAUCACUCCACCGCCACCCAUCGAACCGCUCCAGCUGUUGUCGCAGCCAUCUAGCCCUCGUCGGCCAUGGACCCGGCUCCGAGAUUGGGUAAUUGAAACGAUCUGGGGCAUCCCGAAACCCAGUUCUCCUCGCUCUUCCUUCAAGGAUGCCUCGCGCGACCGCUCGCCCCCGUCCCGAGUGCUGGCCCGCUACGGGAGCGAUGUCGUCCUUCGAUUCCACUUGCGUGACACCCAGGAGGCCGAGACCUUGGCCCAGGCCACCGACAUCCUCUUCUUGGAUGUGUGGGCGUCGACGCCGGAGUAUGUCGAUAUCCGCCUGGCAGAAGAAGUGAUUCCUUCGUUGCUAGGCUUAUUACCGGACUCCCUUCAGACCGCAUACACCCCUCUCAUUGAUAAUCUGGCCGAGAUGAUUUACACGUCAUACCCCAGCCGGCACCCGAUAGGACUUGAGCAUCCGGCCGGACUGGGGUCGUCUCGGCAUUCGUCGCAGGUGGGAGAUCUCUUCUUCCAGGACUACCAGCCCUUGUCGGUUAUUGUCCCCUGGAUGCGGUUGAUGGCCUCCAUGUUCUCGUCGCACGCUCAGCUGAUAAACGUCGGGGUGUCUUACGAAGGCCGCGAGAUCCCUGCUUUCCGGCUCGGGUCUGGACGCGGCGAUGGCUCCUCCAGGCCCCGCAAAACCGUGGUCAUCACCGGUGGAAGCCACGCGCGCGAAUGGAUCAGUACGUCCACAGUGACUUACGUCGCAUACAAUCUGAUCACCCGGUUCGGGAAGUCGCCCGCGGUCACUGGCCUGCUGGAGAACUAUGACUGGGUUCUGGUGCCUACCAUCAACCCGGACGGAUACGCCUAUACUUGGGAAUCGGACCGUCUGUGGCGGAAGAACCGACAGCCGACGAGCUUGCGAUUCUGCCCGGGCAUCGACCUGGAUCGGGCAUGGAGCUUCGAAUGGGACGGCGAGUCUACCCGCUCCAACCCUUGCUCGGAGAGCUACGCGGGCGACGAGCCCUUCGAAGCGACAGAGGCGCAGCAACUGGCCCAAUGGGCUCUCAACGAGACCGAGACCAACAAUGUCGAAAUCGUCGGUUUCUUGGACCUUCAUUCCUACUCGCAACAGAUCCUCUACCCGUUCUCCUACUCCUGCUCCUCCGUCCCGCCCACCCUCGAAAGUCUCGAAGAACUCGGCCUAGGCCUCGCCAAGAUCAUCCGACAGACCACCCACGAGAUCUACGACGUAACGUCCGCCUGCGAAGGCACCGUAACGCCCAUGGACCGCGGCGCGCUGAAAACCUUCUUCCCGGUCGGAGGCAGCUCCGGCGGCAGCGCCCUCGACUGGUUCUACCACCAACUGCACGCCACGUACGCGUAUCAGAUCAAACUGCGCGACCGCGGCAGCUACGGCUUCCUACUUCCGUCCACGUACAUCAUCCCCACGGGCAAGGAAAUCUACAACGUGGUCGUCAAGCUGGGUGAAUUCCUUGCGGGGGAGAAAGUCACCACCGACUGGGCGGGAGAAUACUUCCGAGACAUCGACAUCGACAUCAACCCCCCGGAAACCCCGGAGGAUACGAACACCACCACACCCCUCAAUUCAACCACAGAGACCACCUCCGACGCGGAGAAUGACCCCGAAGACGACGACGAUGAAGACUGGGCCGUUAUCGACUGGACCGAGGAACUCCACGCCUGGGACCUGUAA